GAGAAAAAGUGAAACCGAGUGAUAUUUCUCUCUAAAUACGAUCGCAUAAACGUCUUCUUCUUCUUCCACAAAAGGGUUGAAACAACGAAACCCUAAUCUCAUCUCCGAUCGGGAAGUUACCGGUCUCAGAUUCGCGAUUAUCUCUCUCUGUAAUUCUCUGAACAUCGGACAUGGCGGUGCAACGCGGUUUUAGGGAGCUUUUCGCUUUUUCGCUAACCCUAACCUUUGCUUGGGUUUACCUAGCGGAGGCCAACUCCGACGGAGACGCUCUUUACGCGCUUCGUCGGAGCUUGUCGGAUCCCGACAACGUGCUUCAGAGCUGGGAUCCGACGCUUGUUAAUCCAUGUACCUGGUUCCAUGUCACCUGUAACCAAGACAACCGUGUCACUAGAGUGGAUUUGGGUAAUUCAAACCUGUCUGGACAUCUUGUGCCUGAACUUGGAAAGCUUGAACAUCUACAGUAUCUAGAACUUUACAAAAACAUCAUCCAAGGACCUAUACCUGCUGAACUUGGAAAUCUGAAGAGCCUCGUCAGCUUGGACUUGUACAACAACAAUCUCACGGGGAAAAUUCCUCCUUCAAUGGGGAACUUGAAGUCUCUUGUCUUCUUACGGCUGAAUGACAACCAAUUAACUGGUCAGAUUCCUAGGGAACUCACGGGUAUCUCAAGCCUCAAAGUUGUAGAUGUCUCUAACAAUGAUUUGUGCGGAACAAUUCCGACAUCAGGACCUUUCGAACACAUCCAGUUGCAGAACUUUGAGAACAAUCCACGCCUGGAGGGGCCGGAACUGCUUGGCUUAGCAAGCUACGACACCAACUGCAACUGAAUGAACCCGAACCCGAGCCCGAAACAACUGGGUUGACCGUGUAAGAUCUCAUAUUAACCAUUUACACUAUCAAUAUAUAUACAUAUAUAUGAAGUAUUAGAUUAUAUAUACAUUAUUAGAAGUAAGAAUUGAGAAAAUGUGAUCCUAUUAAUGUCUCCAACGGGACCGAGAGCGUAAAAGAGGAACUCUGAAAACCCUCGUGUGCCUGCCAUUCGUAUAGCGUAUUCGUCGGUUGUAAACUCGACCGUAUGUACCCGUGUCUUUCCGUUAUUGUAGCUUUAAGCUCUGAGUCUAUUGCCUGUCUGGUUGGUUGUAUUAACAUAAAAGAUUGGCUACACAAAUGGAUUUGGGACUCGACCGUGUGUUUAACCC